ACCAGUCACCACCUAAUUACUCCAUUAAUUCCCUAUAAGUGUACUCUGAUCACUUGUCAGUCCACCAUACUUACUCCUUCCUUCCUCAGAAACUUAACCCAUUAACCCAAAACCAACAACCAAAUGGAUCAGCUUAAACCAACACAACCUAAUUCUAUUCCCCUCACUCCCUUAACUCUACUCGAGCGAGCCGCCGUUGCGUACGCCGAGUCUCCCUCUCUUGUUUAUAAAGCUACCACUUUUACGUGGGCUGAUACCAACCGGAGGUGUCUCCGGUUGGCAUCUUCUAUAGCUACACUUGGUAUUUCACGGGGCGAUGUUGUAUCAAUUGUCGCCCCCAAUGUGCCUGCUGCAUACGAGUUACAUUUCGCCGCUCCUAUGGCAGGAGCCGUACUUAAUAAUAUCAAUACUCGGCUUGAUCCUAGGACAAUCUCCGUCCUCCUUCGCCAUAGCGAAUCGAAGCUGGUGUUUGUGUAUUACCAGCUACAAUCUGUUGUAUUGGAAGCCAUUUCCUUACUCCCGGCUGACCACCCUCGCCCUAUUUUAGUCCUUAUUACUGAUAAUGAAUAUGAUUAUGAUCAUAUUACUACUAAUGAUGAUGAGUCCCUCAAUGCUAAACUUGUUGAUAUAUGCAAUCCGAGUGAGGAGUUUAUGACUACCUAUGAGGAUAUGGUUAAAAAUGGAGAUCCGGAUUUUAAGUGGGUUCAACCUCAGAGCGAGUGGGACCCGCUUGUGCUAAAUUACACCUCCGGGACGACGUCGUCUCCCAAGGGAGUUGUGCAUUCCCACCGUGGCUGCUUCAUCACCACUAUGGACGCGCUCACUGAUUGGUCAGUCCCUAAGCAGCCGGUUUAUUUGUGGACCCUACCAAUGUUUCACGCUAACGGCUGGGGCUUUACUUGGGGGAUGGCGGCGGUUGGUGGUACAAAUAUCUGUCUAAAGAAGUUCGACGGCGCUACCAUCCACGCCGCAAUCCGAGCCCACCAAGUGACCCACAUGUGUGCAGCACCAAUUGUACUCAACAUGAUCACCACUCUCACUUCAGACCCAGGCCCUCUCUCCUGGCCCGUUCAUGUCCUCACAGGCGGGUCACCUCCGCCAGCCCCCAUCCUUCUUAGGGCGGAGUCACUUGGGUUUAUCGUCGGGCAUGGAUACGGACUCACUGAAGCAGGCGGGGUGAUCGUUUCUUGUGCUUGGAAAUCGCAUUGGAACCGUCUCUCGGCCCUAGAACGGGCCCGACUAAAGGCCCGUCAAGGAGUCCGUACCAUUGGGUUGACCAACCUUGACGUAAUUAACCCCUACACAGGACAACCAGUAAAGCGAGACGGGAAGACUGUGGGAGAGAUCGUGUUCCGCGGCGGGACGAUAAUGCUAGGGUACCUGAAAGACCCAGAAGGGACAUCAAAAUGCAUGAGAAAUGAUGGGUGGUUCAGAACAGGUGAUCUAGGAGUAAUGCACAAAGACGGGUACCUGGAGAUAAAAGACCGUUCAAAAGAUAUAAUAAUAAGCGGGGGUGAAAACAUAAGUAGUGUUGAAGUUGAAAAUGUGCUAUACAGUUUAGCAGCAGUGAAUGAGGCGGCAGUGGUGGCUAAGCCGGAUGAGUACUGGGGAGAAACACCGUGCGCGUUUGUAAGCUUGAGGAAGGGAAUGAAGGAGAAAGUAACAGAGAGAGAUGUGAUUGAGUAUUGUAGAGCCAAGAUGCCACAUUACAUGGUGCCUAAAAGGGUAAUAUUCAAGGAGGAACUUCCUAAAACAUCAACUGGCAAAUUCCAAAAGUAUUUACUUAGGAAAAUGGCUAAGGCUUUGGAUAAAGAUGAUCAAAAUGUUGUUACUGCUACAUCUUUGGCAAGUCGUUUAUAGAAUCUACUGUUUGUAUAAUCAUUCUUUUAGGUUUACUAGUCAUUGAUUUUCUAAUAAACCUUUUGUAUUGUUUUGGGCAUCUUCGGCAAUUUUAUGGACUAUGUUUUUAUAUAUA